AUGUCCCCAGGUGUCGGUGGUGCGCCAGACGGCCACAGAGAUGGUAGGUCGACCGGGGCGAUGGUGCUCUGUGGCGCCGUCUUCCCGGUUGUUUCUGGGACCGUUCGCUGCCUCUCUCUUGUGCCGGCCUCUUUCAACUUAAAGUCUCACAGACAGUUACUCCCAGAACUGCUAGCAGAUCUAAUGGAGAUCAUAGAAAUCCACUUCAAAGUGAAACUCCAGCAAGAAUUGCCAAAUAGUGAGAACCCCAGGAGUGUGGUUUGGGGCUCAGAUCCUGUACCUGGAGAAAGUGCUGAGGUUAGGCUGGUGAAUGGAACAAAUCGCUGCAGCGGAAGAGUGGAAGUGUUCCGAAAUGACCAAUGGGGCACUGUUUGUGAUGACAACUGGGGCAUGGAGGAAGCCAGAGUUGUGUGUCGGCAGGUGGGCUGUACAUCGGCACUAUCAGCUGUCACCAAUGCACAUUUUGGAGCAGGAACUGGGAAAAUCUGGCUGGAUGAUGUUGGAUGCAAAGGAUCAGAAUUAUCUAUCCUUCAGUGCCCGGCAAAUACACUGGGAGCACACAACUGCAACCAUGGAGAAGAUGCUGGUGUCAUUUGUGCAGAAGUGAGGCUGGUUGGGGGUUCAACUUCCUGCGUUGGCCGGGUUGAGGUGUUCCAUAACCAACAAUGGGGAACAGUGUGUGAAAACGGCUGGGACAUGAAUGAAGCCCGCGUUGUGUGCCGGGAAGUGGGCUGUGGAGAUGCUAAAGCUGCACCAGGGAGAGCUAAAUUUGGACAAGGAUCUGGCCCUGCUUGGAUGAGCGAAGUCAACUGCACGGGAUCAGAAGACAGUUUAAGCAAGUGCCCAGCAAACCCUUUGGCAGAACACAGCUGUGGCCACAGCAAAGAUGCAGGUGUAGAGUGUGCAGAGCCUCCUGAAAUCAGAUUAGCAGAUGGCCCCACUCACUGCUCUGGAAGAGUUGAGAUACUCCAUGAACAAAUUUGGGGGACUAUAUGUGAUGACGAGUGGGACAUUGAAGAUGCCAAUGUGGUGUGUCAUUAUCUUGGUUGUGGAAGUGCUAUAUCAGCUCCCCGAGGCUCUCGUUUUGGACAAGGAAGUGGUCCCAUUUGGCUGGAUGGUGUUAACUGCACAGGGUCAGAGUCGGCCAUCAGUAAAUGCCCUGCUAAAGAAUGGGGGAAGCAUGAUUGCACCCACACUGAAGAUGCUGGUGUUACAUGUUCAGAUAUCCAGCUAAUGAAUGGCUCAACUCGCUGCUCAGGGAGGGUUGAAGUAUAUUACAACAAGCAGUGGGGGACCGUUUGUGAUGAUGGCUGGGAUAUGCAGGAUGCUGAAGUUGUGUGCCGGGAGCUGAACUGCGGAAAUGCUUUAUCAGCAAAGGGUGCAGCAUACUAUUCUCAAGGGUCUGGCACCAUCUGGCUAGAUAGAGUUAACUGCACAGGGAAAGAAGCCUCCCUGAAAGAAUGCCCAGCAAGGCCUUGGGGAGAACAUAGCUGUGACCACAGGAGGGAUGCGAGCGUGGAGUGCUCAGACCCAAAUGAGGUCAGACUUGCCAAUGGUUCCAACCACUGCUCUGGCAGGGUCGAAAUACUACACAACCAGCAGUGGGGUACAGUGUGUGAUGACGGCUGGGACAUAAAUAACGCCCAAGUUGUGUGCCGAGAACUUGGCUGUGGAAAAGCAAUCUCAGUCCCACGAGGAGCUCAUUUUGGAAGGGGGCGUGAUCCUAUCUGGCUGGAUGAUGUCAAAUGUAAAGGGACGGAAGCUGCACUCAGGGACUGCCGGCUAAAACCUUGGGGAGAACAUAACUGCAACCAUGGCGAAGAUGCCAGUGCUAUUUGCUCAGAACUCAGACUGGUGAAUGGCACAAAUCGUUGUUCUGGAAGAGUUGAGAUAUUUCAUGACCAGGAAUGGGGGACCGUAUGUGAUGACCGCUGGGGCAUGAAACAGGCUGAAGUUAUCUGCAAGGAGAUGGGCUGUGGUGUUGCUUUGAAAGCCCCUACAAAAGCCUUUUUUGGACGAGGAUCAGGACGUAUUUGGAAAGAUGACGUCAACUGUGUUGGAACAGAAACGCUCCUCAGUGAAUGCACGUCAAGUGAUUGGGGCGUUAAUAACUGUCAACACUCAGAAGAUGCUGGGGUUGAGUGUGCAGACCCAGUUGAGCUAAGGCUGGUCAACGGCUCAAGUCGGUGCUCUGGAAGGGUGGAAGUGUUUCAUUUCCAACAAUAUGGAACAGUGUGUGAUGAUGGAUGGGACCUGAAUGAUGCCAUGGUGGUAUGUAGGAACCUUGACUGUGGAUCACCCAUAUCUUCCCCACAUGGCGCUCGGUUUGGGCAAGGAGCGGAUCCCAUCUGGCUGGAUGAUGUGGAAUGUACAGGAGCAGAAUCAACCCUCUCUGAGUGCAAAGCUAAGCCUUGGGGAACCAAUAACUGCAACCAUAGAGAAGAUGCUGGUGUUGUAUGUUCAGAUGAUCUUAGAUUGGUAAAUGGCUCAAACCGCUGCAGUGGGAGAAUUGAGGUCCGUCCACCCCACACUGAGCAGUGGGGAACCGUCUGUGACCGGACCUGGGAUAAAAACGAUGCUGAGGUUGUGUGUAGGCAGCUGGGCUGCGGAAAGGCUGGAAGCAUCUUAAGCGGAGCUCAUUUUGGACAAGGAUCAGGUCCCAUCUGGAUGGAUAAUAUAAAUUGCAAAGGCACAGAAGAUGCCAUCACAGAGUGCAGUGCAAAUACCCAGGGGAGCAAUGACUGUAAUCACGGACAAGAUGCAGCAGUUAUUUGUUCAGACAGAUUCAUCACCAAUGUGGCUAAUGUCAGACUGGAAGAUGGCCCAAACGCCUGUGCUGGGAGAAUUGAGGUGUUCUACCAGCAACAGUGGGGAACCGUGUGUGAUGAUGGAUGGGACCUGGAUGACGCCAGUGUUGUCUGCAAGCAACUGCAUUGUGGCAUUGCCUUGGAAGCCCCACACGGAGCACGCUUUGGGCGUGGACCUGAUCGUAUCUGGCUGGAUGAUGUGAACUGUACAGGCUCAGAAGAGUCCCUCAAAGACUGUGGAGGACGUCCUGUAGGGGAGCAUAACUGUGGCCACUCUGAGGAUGCAAGUGUAGUGUGCUCAGGUGUUUUCCAGGUGCGAUUGGCUGAUGGCCCUAAUUCCUGUGCUGGACGAGUAGAGCUGGAGUACAAUGGCUCCUGGAUUUCUGUUGGUGACACUGGCUGGGGUCUUGCAGAGGCCUCGGUGGUAUGCCGGUACCUGGGCUGUGGAGCAGCAGUGAAUGCACCAGUGGGUAGCACAUAUGGCAUGCCUGCCGGACACCCCUUGUUGGAUGGGAUUAAAUGUACUGGACACGAGUUAUCCCUCAUUGAAUGCCAAAGUACUGCUAUAAAUUCCAAGAAAUGCAUCUGUGGUUCUUAUGCAGGAGCAGUAUGUGUAGGAAAAACAGAUUCCUCUGUAGCUAUUGUUGUAAUUCUGGUGCUGGUAGCUGUUGCCCUGCUCCUUGGCGGGUCCUUUUACUACCUACGAAAAAAGAGGCAGGGAAGAUUAUUUAUGGCAUUUCCCUUCACUCGGAGACAGGGUGAUUUAGGCAAGACAUUGCAAUCGGGUCUCAUUACAGUGAAUGGCACUCAAAUAUACAGGAGGGAGAACAAAUGGCACACAGAUGGACUGUGUGUAGUUUGGGGCUCCGAUACUUUAGUCUCUGACACACCUGAGGUCAGAUUGGUGAACGGUUCCAGUCGCUGCAGUGGGAGAGUGGAGUUGCUCCAUAAUGGACACUGGGGCACCAUUUGUGAUGAUAACUGGGGCAUGGAAGAAGCCAGAGUUGUGUGCCGGCAGCUGGGAUGUUCGACUGCGGUAUUAGCCCCAGGUGGAGCACAUUUUGGCCAAGGAACUGGCAGCAUCUGGCUGGAUGACACGGAAUGCAAAGGCACAGAACUGGCUCUCAGUCAGUGCCAAUCAAGACCAUGGGGAGAUAAUAACUGCCAUCAUGGAGAAGAUGCUGGAGUUGUGUGUUCAGGUACGUUCAAGAACCAGUAUGCGGAGUCCAGAGAGCUGCGGCUGGCUGGUGGUUCAACUCGGUGUGCUGGACGAGUUGAAAUCCUCCACAACCAACGGUGGGGGACAGUGUGUGGAAAUGGCUGGAAUUUAAACAAUGCUCGCGUCAUGUGCCGGGAAAUGGGUUGUGGGAAAGCUUUAACAGCGCCCAUUGGAGAUAAGUUUGGGCAAGGCUCUGGUCCCACUUGGAUGGAUGGAAUCAACUGCACUGGGGAAGAGGAGAGUCUUCACAAAUGUCCAGGAAAGCCCUUGGCAGAAUACAGCUGCGAUCACAGCAUGCAUGCUGGUGUAGAGUGUGCAGAGCCACCGGAAAUUAGACUUGCACAGGGUGAUCACCAAUGUUCUGGGAGAGUUGAAAUAUUCCACGAAGAGCUCUGGGGAACAAUAUGCGACAAUGAUUGGGAUCUUGAAGACGUCAAAGUUGUGUGUCAUUACCUUGGGUGUGGAGCUGCUUUAUCAGCUCCAAGAGGUUCCCGUUUUGGAGGAGGCUUUGGACCCAUCUGGCUUGAUGGAAUCAAUUGCACGGGGAAGGAGAAUGCGAUCAGCAAAUGCCCUGCUAAAGAGUGGGGGGCACAUGAUUGUACCCAUGACGAAGAUGCUGGUGUUAUAUGUACAGGUACCUUCCUUCAUCUUGGAGAAAAUGUCCGCUUGGUGAGUGGUUCAAAUCGCUGUUCAGGGAGGGUUGAAGUUUACCACAACGAGCAGUGGGGGACCAUUUGUGACAACGGCUGGGAUAUAUAUGAUGCCCAAGUUGUGUGCCGAGAGCUAGACUGUGGGAAUGCCUUAUCAGCAGUUGGAGGAGCACGCUACAGCCAAGGAUCUGGUACCAUCUGGCUGGACAAAGUUAACUGCACAGGAAAAGAAAAAUCCCUCAGAGAUUGCCCCAAAAGUCCUUGGGGAGAACACAGCUGUGACCACAGAAAGGAUGCUAGUGUGGAGUGUUCAGACCCAAACAUAAUCAGAUUGGUGAAUGGUUCAAACCGGUGCUCUGGCAGAGUGGAAGUACUCCACAAUCAGCAGUGGGGGACUGUGUGUGAUGAUGACUGGAAUAUAAACAACGCCCGUGUUGUGUGCAGGGAACUUGGCUGUGGAGUUGCCCUAUCAGCCCCACGUGGUGCUCAUUUCGGACAAGGAACAGAGCACAUCUGGCUGGAUGAUGUCAAAUGUGAAGGGAACGAAGCUUUCCUCAGAGACUGCCAUCUAAAAGGCUGGGGAGAACACAACUGCAACCACGGAGAAGACGCUAGUGUGGUAUGCUCAGAACUCAGACUGGUGAAUGGCUCAAGUCGUUGCUCUGGGAGAGUUGAGAUAUUCCAUGACCAGCAGUGGGGGACCAUAUGUGAUGACCGCUGGGGCAUGAAGCAGGCUGAAGUCAUUUGCAGAGAGCUGGGCUGUGGUGUUGCUUUAAAAGCCCCUACACAGGCCUUUUUUGGACAGGGAUCAGGACCCAUCUGGAAGGAUGAUGUCAACUGUGUUGGGACAGAAACUUCCUUCAGUGAGUGCACAUCGAGCUCGUGGGGCAUUAACAACUGUAAACACAGAGAAGAUGCUGGCGUUGAGUGUGCAGGUAACCUAUACCCAAAAGAGAUGAGGCUGAUCAAUGGCUCGAGUCGGUGUUCCGGAAGGGUGGAAGUGUUUCAUUUGGGACAAUAUGGAACUGUAUGCGAUGACAACUGGGACAUUAAUGAAGCCCGAGUCGUAUGCAGGAAUCUUGACUGUGGAACGGCCAUAGCUGCCCCACAUGGAGCUCGGUUUGGGCCAGGGGAAGAUCCCAUCUGGUUGGAUGAUUUAGAAUGUUCUGGAACAGAACUUGCCCUGACUGAAUGCAAAGCGAGACCUUGGGGAACCAGCGACUGUGGCCAUGGAGAAGAUGCUGGUGUUAUAUGUUCAGAUGAUCUGAAACUGGUAAAUGGCUCAAACCGCUGCACUGGAAGAGUUGAAAUUCGUCCACCCCACAAUGACCAGUGGGGAACUGUCUGCGAUCGUACCUGGGACAUGAAUGAUGCUGAUGUUGUAUGCAGGCAGCUGGGCUGCGGAAAGGCUAGAUCAGCUCCCCACGGAGCUCAUUUUGGAACAGGAUCGGGUUCCAUCUGGAUGGAUGAUAUAAACUGCAAAGGCACCGAAGAAGCCCUCGCAGAAUGCAGUGCAAAUACUCAAGGGAACAAUAAUUGCAACCAUGAACAAGAUGCAGCAGUUAUUUGUUCAGAAACGUCCUUCAUAAGGGUGGGUGGCCUCAGACUGGUGAAUGGUCCUGCGCACAGUUGUGCUGGAAGGGUCGAGGUCUCACAUCAGCAGCAGUGGGGAACAGUGUGUGACGAUGGAUGGGACAUGGAGGAUGCCAGCGUCGUGUGCAAGCAAUUGGGCUGCGGCUUUGCUUUGGAAGCCCCUCAUUCAGCACACUUUGGAGAAGGGGCUGGACCCAUCUUGUUGGAUGAUGUGAACUGCACAGGGUCUGAAGAGUCCCUCAAAGACUGCAAAGGACAGGGCCCGGGAGAGCAUAAUUGUAACCACGGAGAGGAUGCAAGUGUCAUAUGCUCAGGUCUUUUCCAGGUGCGAUUGGCCAAUGGACCCAAUUCCUGUGCUGGGCGGGUGGAGAUAGAACAUAACAACUCUUGGGUCUCCAUCGGUGAAACCGGCUGGAGUCUUACAGAGGCCACAGUGGUCUGCCGGCAACUGGGUUGCGGUGCAGCAGUGUCCGCAUCAGUGGGCAAUCAAUAUGGUAUCGCUCAUGGCCCAGCAUUGCUACAUGAGGUGAAAUGCACCGGAGAAGAGACAACCCUCACUCAGUGCCAGGCGAAAAGUGCAGGUCGCCAUAAAUGCCUCUGUGGUGUAUAUGCAGAAGCUGUGUGCGAGGGGAGCACAGGGUCUUCUGUAGCUGUUACAGUGGUUGUAGUGCUGGCAAUUGCUGCCCUUCUCGGUGGGACGUUGCUGUACUUGCGGAAACGGAGGAGUGGGAAGCCAUUGUGGGUGAAUCUGUUCACUCGGACACAAAAGGCAUCUAUGAAAGACAUCACUUGUCAGUCUGAUAUGGUGAAUGGCACUCCAGACUCAUAUGUCCAGGAAGGAGCUGUACAUGAGAUAGCCUCUGACACCGUCUGCUUGAUGGAAAGCAUCUCUGCAUCUCCCACAGACCAGGGUAAUUGAGAGCCUGGGAGCUAAGCAUAGGGCCAGGGGCGCAUAUACAGGUGAGAAACAAGGUGAUAGGUCCUUCUGCAUCCACUCUCAGUGGGAGGCCAUACCCAUGUCAUCAACUCUUAUGUUAGGGAUAUGCAGAUGCCCCAGGAGAAAACAAAAUAAAUUAGAACCAUUCAAUGGGGACAGAAGUCUUCGGAAAUAGGCAUAUUUUCCAUUUUCAUGAGGCCUUUCUUCUAUAGGUCUCAGAACAACAUACAGAAUCCACCCCUCCCCCCGCCUGUUUAUCCUGACAAGAAUACAUCCAGACCAUUAGAUUGAAAAACAGCGACUGCACUAAGAUCACCCUAUAAGCUUUUAUAGAUAAGUGGGCUCAGAGUAAAACCUUAAAAGAUGGCAACAACCCCAACCCAGCACCCAGCACCCAGAACACAGGAAGACUGCCAUCACAAAUAAGUGAUCCCCAAAGUGGUGCCCGAGAAUACCUGGCACCUGCCAGUAUGUUUCAUGGUGCCCUUUUGGCUUCCCCCAAAGUUUUCUUCAUCAAAGCUGAGAGCCCAUUCUGUCUUUCCUCCACCUCACUAGAGCAGCAGAUGCUUCAGAAAAGCUCAGGAGGCAUCACCUGUAUGUCAUCAGAGCGCCCACUCAGCAGCAGCUAUCUUUGUGGUAGGGAGAUGCUUGGGUUGCAACCUCCUAACAUUCUAGGAAGGUCACAACAUCUUGGGAUGGGCACAGCUCCCAUGGCAGCCAUUUUCUGGAAGUUCCCACCCAGCUCACAGUAGCCAUUUUGUUGCAGUGCCUAGUAUUAUGCUCUCAGAAUGUCAAAUGUGCCACAAGACCAACAAGGUUGGGGACCCUUGAGAUGUACAAGUAGGGAAAGCAGCAAAGCUAUUCUGAAAAAGAGAGCUUGCUGGCUUCUGCUUUCAAAUCAUGACUAUUAAAAUAUGUCUGACUCUGCUUGAUGUUUAAUGAUUUAAGUAAUCAUCGCGCCUUAAAAAGUGGUUUUUCAUGUGUGUCACUUCAGAGCAAAUCCAGAAACAAGGCGAGUUAGUCCAGGGGACGGUGGUAGGGCUGCCAAUACUCAGCAAGAACCCAACACCAGGCUGAUUCCUGCCCAUACACCAUCCUCCCCAUACACCACCAGAAAGUUACACAGUAUACAACCAGCAUCCUGUCCAGCCAAGUUUAGAUCGGUCUCCUGGUCUCCUGCCAGGGUAUGCCAACCUUUGAAUUCACAUAUAUAUAAAAUAGAGAAAUAUAAUGUUUAAUGUUAAUAAUCUGUCUCCCGCAGUUUGUUUUGCUUUCUAAUAUAAAUCUCCAAAUACAUUUGGAAAGAU